AUGUUAUGGUACGCCGCUUUUGCACAUAUAAGCGAGCAAGAGGAGUCGUCACCUGACUCAUCAGAGUUGAGAUACAGAAAAAUCGCUUUCAACUUCGUGCGCCAUAGCUAUGGACUUACGAGGAUGGAUCUCACACCUAAGUGCAUUCGAAAGAGGCGAGCUCAAGGGCCAUUGACCUAUCCUAACGGUCCUAGGUGUCCAUUGGCAGUAUUGUCAAUGUGUUUCCUCAAUAUCAUGCUUCAUGUUACAAUGUGCGCAUCAAUUUGUCAACCACGUAAACAUUCGGGUGCCAGCGCAUUGAAACGCCCAAAAGAACACAAAAGACACAUCAAGAAGCGGAAGAAAGAUCGUUGUCAGCGAAGACAGCAGAAAGUCAAGAAGAUUUGCUCAGGAGAGAGAAUGACGUCAAGAACAUCACAGUCGAAUGCUCUAAAUCUGAAAGUCCUGGAUAGAACACAGGAUCAGAGUAGCGAGAAAGGAACAGAACCUGUGGACAGUAAAACAGGAGAUAUUAAAGGAAAAACUAAGGAAGUCAGAGAAGGAACGAGAGAAACGCAAGAUGUCACUUCGGAUAUUGAAGAGCCUGAUCCCGCUGAAAAGCAAGAAUUUGAUGAUUAUCUGAAUGCACUUGGAGAAAUGGACAAUGAUAAGAACAUAAAUAAAAUAAUUCAAAAUAGUACCCUUAAGAGAAAUGAGAAGAACGUAGGAGAUACAGGUCAACAACAAUCACCUUUUCUUCGGAAUACAAUGGAAAAUAUUCCGGUACGGACCGAAAUAUAUUACGAUUGUUGGUCUAGUAGGGCUGACGCAAAAAAGAUGCAUGCUCAGCAAAUCAAACUAGAAUGCUAUCUCAAUGGCAUACAAAUAGGUUGA